AUGGAUGACAGCUACUUCUCGAUACAGCGGCGUGCCCUGGAAAUCGUCGGGUUCGACCCCAGCACACAGCGCCUGCACAUGAGACGGCCCCUGUGGGCUGGGCUCCUCAUCCUGUCCCUGGUCUCGCACAACCGGCCGAUGGUCGUCUAUGGCCUGCAGGAUCUCAGCGAUCUUACCUGGCUCACCGACAACCUGGCCGUGUUCAUGCAGGGAUCCCUCUGUACCCUCAAGUUCCUGGCCUUCAUCGUGAAGCGGCGCCGCAUCGGCGCCAUGGUACAUCGCCUGCACGGGCUCAACCGGGAGGCAUGUGCCAUUCCCCUGCAGCGGGAGAAUAUCCUCCGGGAGAACCGAUUGGACAUGUAUGUAUCGAGAGCGUUCAGGAAUGCCGCGAUGAGUGUUGCCUCUAUGAUAGCCCCCAUGCUGAACGGCCUGAUUGCCUACCUAACUGAGGGCGUCUUCCGGCCGACCACGCCCAUGGAGUUCAACUUCUGGCUGGACGAGCCGCAGGCCCGCUUCUAUUGGCCCAUCUACGCGUGGGGCGUGCUGGGCGUGGCAGCCGCCGUUUGGCUGGCCAUAGUAGCCGAUACGCUCUUCUCCUGGCUGGUGCACAACGUGGUGGCGCAGUUCCACUACCUGCAGCUCUGCAUGCUGGCGUUCCGCUUCACCCGCAGCGGCUGGAGCUCCCAGGUGCGCUUCCGCGCUACCUUCCUGGUGACGGUGUUCAUCCAGCUGAGCUCCUACUGCUACGGCGGGGAGUACCUCAAGCAGCAGAGCUCCGGCGUGGCCCUGGCCGUCUACUCCGGCUGCGACUGGUCGCAGACGCCCCCGGCCAGGCGUCGCCUCUGGCAGUUGAUGAUCAUGCGGGCCCAAAGGCCAGCCAAAGUGUUUGGCUACAUGUUCGAUGUGGAUCUGCCGCUGCUCCUCUGGGUAACAAGGACGACGGGCUCGUUUCUGGCCCUGCUGCGGACAUUCGAGCGAUAA